AUGGGUGUUGAUCAUGGAGUUAAAUUAUUAGCUAGAAGAAUAAAUAAAUUUACUUAUUCAUCUGAAAUUUCCAAAUUUGACAUUUCAGUCGGUGAAUUUUCUGUCAUUCCUAAGACAGACAUUUUAUUUCCAUCUCAAACGUUUGAACAUUUGAAGAACAUUUCAUGGUGCUUAAGGCGAAUGGAACUUAUUCUGAAAGUCACAAUAGAAUAA